AUGAAACCAGAUACCCGUACACUUACAAGGGAAUUUAGCAAACUAACGAAUACUCCAUCUAAGACUGCACUCAGUUGGUUGAAGCAGUACGACUUCGACAUAGAUCUCGCUUGUCUUCAUUGGGCUGAAAAAGAAUCCAAAGCUGAGGCUGAAAAAAGAAUCCACCAGCUAUUUGACCAAUUCAGGUCUUUUGAAGAUGCCAACAUAAUCGAUUUUGAUGGAUCUGCAAAGUUAUUUGAGACUUUGGGUGUUUCCUUCGAAGAUCCAGAGACCUUGUUGAUUUCUUAUUUGCUCGAGUCCCCCAAUAUGGGUGAAUUUGAGCGGGAAAAGUUCGUUCACGGAUGCUCUACCCUAUGUGUGACCAACCUGUCCGAUCUAAAAAAUGUCGUUGACCAAAAGAUCACUCUCUGGAAAUCGGAUCGUACACUCCAAAAAGCCGUCUACAUUUACUCCUAUCCUCUUGCCUGUGAUAAAGGAAAGAAAACUCUUGGUACUGGAGUAGCAAUUGAGCUUUUGCAGGUCCUCUUAAAAUCGUUAUUUCUUUUGCUUGAUCACUGGGUCAAUUUCUUGCAAAGUUCACCGAUCAUCGAUCGGUCCUUGCCUAGAGACACUUGGAACGAAUUAUGGGAUUUUUCAGUUUAUACUGAGUCGUCCCCAGAUUGUUCAGAUUAUGAUUUUGAGGGUGCUUGGCCAACCCUUAUAGAUGAAUUUGUCGUUUACUACCGAAAACAUGUUUUGAAUAUUCCCGAACAGUAA